AUAUCUUGCAGAUACUAAACAUAACAAGAAGGCUAUUGAAUCAGCCGAAUCAAAAAGAAAACAAAGGAGGGCUGGCAGCAAUGAUGAAAGUGAAAAAAAAAAGGAUUCAUCAUCAUAUAAAUAUUCAUAUUUACAGAUUAGUUCAACGCAUGAUUCAACAAUUUUUAAUUUAUGUGUAUCAACAGUUUUUGUUGCUGCUAGUUGUG